GUCAGUUGCCCUGAAAUCAUUGCAAGGGAGUAGGGUAUCCAAUGCUUUCCAACGAGUGUAGCCCACAUUCUCAGCAGAGAAGCCAGAAGCAGUAGCCCUGGUUAGUCACUAGCAGGAUCUCUGCUCCUGGAGAAAUGGGAAAGCAGCAGCAAAGGUGACGGAGCAGACAAGCAGAGGACCAUAUGUGCUGACUGAAGCUUCCAGGGGGAAAUCGUGCUUUAGCUCAUCCUGCACACUCUGGCAUGCCCCUGAACCCCGUGUAGGAGAUAAGGGCUGAGAGUUGUGGUAGUAAGUCUCGCUGUGUCCUUGUGGACCACUCCAAUCUGAAGGCUAUCAUCGAUCAAUGUGAAUGAACUGUUCGCCUUGAUUGUCUGAGUCGGAAUUGGAAAGGAAGAGGACAGCAAUUAUAAAAAUAAAAAGGACUAUAUCUCAACAGAGUUCUGCCCUUGGAUUUUGAAACUAGCCUUGAUUUGAGAAAACUAAUAGGUUUCAGCUUUCCACCAUUAGCCUUAACAACACUCCUUUCUAUGUCAGUGGCUGUGGGCUACUACCCUAUGUGCUUUUCCUCCUUGGUUUCAAAAUCCUUUGCCACACCUGCAAUUAUCACUGUUCUGUAGUCUGAAUGAGGAGGCCCCAUCAAUCAGAAGUUCAACCUGAAAGUUACUAUGAGAGUCUGCUGACUUUGAGGGUUACUACUGCACUGUGUAGGAUUUCAGGUCAUCCUGGUAUCUAUAAGGUCCUAUUGUCACUGUUUGUGUUAUCUACUAGGUAUUCUGCAGUCUUAUGUUAUAACUGUUUGGGUGGAGAAGAGUGGGGAAAUAUGCAUUGUGAUUAAAAGGAAAAGAAGCAGAUAUCUAUUGCUUCCUGCACCAGUGCCAUACAGCCUGUCAGUUUGUCCCCCAGCCAAAAUGGCAGGGCUUCAAGAACAGACUUUACCUUCCAAUAGUGCCCUGCCUCAAGUAUGACUGACAAUGGAAUUAAUGGGGCACAGGCAGUGGGAAAGGGGUAACGUGAACUCAUGUUUCAUGUGCUGCACAAUGCUCUUGCCUGCCGGUGCAGGGCUUUCUUAAGAGCAGCGGCAGCCACAAAUCACCUGGCAGAUGUUUGCACCUACACCUUUGUAAGCCACUUAGAAAGUGGCUCAGAAACAUCUAAGAAGAACAGCUGAAACAAUCAGGGGGCCAGCUUUAGGAUACUUAACUCUGCAUAUGCCAGGAAGCUUGGUAAAGCAGUGAGCAAGAUGUAGUCCUCAAGGCUGGCUCAUUGUCUGCCAACCAGAUAAAAGGGCAUCGGUCUUCCCCAGCAAGUCUGUGGACUACCUUGGCCUGAGGACUUGCAACAAGAGUGAAACCUGAAUGCACUUCAAGCCACAUUUCUGCUCGCUUUCUGUUGGGAAUCAUUCUGGUAUUAAUUUAUUCCCAAAGGGGCAUGGAGCAGCUGAAUGUGUGGGAACAGCUGUUACACAUGUUUGCCUGAUUUGCCUGGGGUGGGUGAGGGGCUUCCUCUUUGACAGAAGUUAUUUCCCCACUGCACGGACAAGUUGAAGGUCAGCUUGUGCCAACACAGCAGGUAAAUCUCUAAAGAAGACCCUGAAAUCACCAACAUCAAACACCUGUGAUGGCAUAUCUAAGAACUGUCCUACAGUAGGACAUAGGUUAGAGCAUGACUGAGCUCCCUGGAUUUUUGAUGGUUAUGACUCUUUAUAAGCAUAUGUUAUAUUUGAUCUUAUGAUAUUUUUUGCUUGACCAUUCAGAAAAAAACAUCAAGCCAGCAGAGGCAACAAACAUUUCUCCUUGAGCUGGGGGACUGUGCUGAUGUGCAAACCAGAGAAAAACUGUAAAAAGAGGGCAACAAUUGGUUGUUACUAAUCAGAUGCUAUGAAAAUGAAAAGUGAUUUUCACUAAAGAAAAGGAAACAGUGUAGGGAGGGAAAUACAUAUUUUAAAAAAAAAGGGGCUAAGAAAAUGACAGCUCUCCAUCCCCACAUAAAGGAGAGAAGUAGAUAAUUGUCUUUUCCGAAAGACAGAACGUUGUUGGGUGCUAAACAUGAACAACUGAAAGAAAAAUGAAUGAAGCUCCACCUUUCAGGGACCCUGCCAUCAAUGUUUUGUUCUCACGCCAAAUUCCUGGACUAUAAAAAUCUGCCUAUAAGCCAAGAAAAACACACUUCCCUGGAAGGAUUUUCAAGUUACCGCUCCAUGGCAAGAUGGAAAUAAAAAAGGGGAGGUCAUUUUGGAUCUUCUGCCUAAUUUGGAGUUGUUGCAAGGGCAAAGAACCAGUUCAGAUAGUCCAUGUCUCUACUGUUGGAAGGAGUGAAUGUGCCACCUGGGGCAAUUUCCACUUUCAUACGUUUGACCAUGUUAAGUUCACUUUUCCUGGAACCUGCACGUAUGUCUUUGCUUCUCACUGCAAUGACAGCUACCAGGACUUUAACAUCCAAAUCAGGCGCAAUGACAAAAAUAGUCACCUUAUCUACUUCACGGUCACCAUUGAUGGGGUGAUCCUAGAGGUGAAGGAGACUGGCAUCACAGUGAAUGGAAACCAGAUCCCCAUGCCCUUCAGCUUGAAGAGCAUCCUGAUUGAGGACACCUGUGCUUACUUCCAAGUCACUUCCAAGCUGGGUCUGACACUCAAGUGGAACUGGGCUGACACUCUCCUACUGGACCUGGAAGAAACAUAUAAAGAGAAAAUAUGUGGUCUCUGUGGGAACUAUGAUGGCAAUAAGAAGAAUGAUCUGAUUUUGGAUGGAUAUCAAAUGCACCCAAGGCAGUUUGGGAACUUUCACAAAGUUGAGGAUCCAUCUGAAAAGUGUGCUGAUGUGAGUCCAGAUGACCAUACUGGAAGGCAUCCUAGGAGGGAAGAUGACAGAUGCAGUAAAUAUAAAAAAAUGUGCAAGAAACUUCUCUCUCAUUUUGGAAACUGCCCCAAAGUGGUUGCUUUUGAUGAUUAUGUAGCUACCUGCACUGAGGAUAUGUGCAGCUGCAUGGUUAAUUCUUCUCACACCGAUUUGGUUUCCAGCUGUAUAUGCAGCACUUUAAACCAAUACUCUCGGGACUGUGUCCUCAGCAAGGGAGACCCAGGGGAAUGGAGAACCAAAGAACUUUGCUAUCAGGAAUGCCCAAACAACAUGGAAUACAUGGAAUGUGGAAAUUCCUGUGCAGAUACUUGUGCUGACCCAGAAAGAAGCAAGAUUUGCAAAACCCCAUGUACAGAUGGCUGUUUCUGUCCUGCUGGAACCAUCCUUGAUGACCUCGGUGGCAAAAAAUGUGUCCCCAGAGACAGCUGCCCCUGUAUGUUUCAAGGCAAAGUCUACCCAUCUGGAGGGACUUACUCUACUCCUUGCCAAAACUGUACUUGCAAAGGAGGCCACUGGAGCUGUGUCUCUCUGCCAUGUUCUGGAAGUUGCAAUAUAGAUGGAGGAUUCCAUAUAACUACGUUUGAUAAUAAGAGGUUCAAUUUUCAUGGUAACUGCCAUUAUGUCUUAGCUAAGAACACUGAUGACACAUUUGUGGUGAUUGGAGAGAUCGUUCAGUGUGGGACAUCAAAGACAAUGACUUGCUUAAAGAAUGUAAUAGUCACACUAGGAAGAACUACAAUAAAAAUAUGUUCCUGUGGAAAUAUCUACAUGAACAAUUUCAUUGUGAAGCUGCCAGUAAGCAAAGAUGGCAUCACCAUCUUCAGACCUUCUACAUUUUUUAUCAAAAUCUUGAGCUCAGUUGGAGUACAGAUUCGAGUGCAAAUGAAACCUGUGAUGCAGCUCUCCAUAAUGGUUGAUCAUUCUUAUCAGAAUCGCACAUCUGGUCUUUGUGGCAAUUUCAAUAACAUCCAGACUGAUGAUUUCAGAACAGCCACUGGAGCUGUGGAAGAUUCAGCUUCUGCUUUUGGUAACUCUUGGAAAACUAGAGCCAGCUGUUUUGAUGUUGAGGACAGCUUUGAAGAUCCUUGUUCAAACAGUGUGGAUAAAGAAAAAUUUGCCCAACACUGGUGUGCUCUUCUGUCUAAUACCAGCAGUGUGUUUGCUGCCUGCCAUUCUGUUGUAGACCCUGCUGUGUACAUCAAGAAAUGCAUGUAUGACACCUGUAAUGCUGAGAAGAGUGAAGUUGCACUGUGUAGUGUGCUUUCUACCUACUCCAGAGAUUGUGCUGUGGCUGGCAUGUCCCUGAAGGGCUGGAGACUGGGUAUCUGUGAUCCCUCUGAGGAGUGUCCUGAGACUAUGGUUUAUAACUAUAGCGUGAAGUACUGUAACCAGUCUUGCCGCUCGCUGGAUGAACCCGAUCCACUGUGUAAAGUUCAGAUCGCUCCUAUGGAGGGCUGUGGUUGCCCUGAAGGGACCUACCUCAAUGACGAGGAGGAAUGUGUCACUCCAGAUGACUGUCCCUGCUACUACAAAGGCAAGAUUGUUCAGCCUGGCAACUCCUUCCAAGAAGACAAACUGCUGUGCAAAUGCAUUCAAGGAAGAUUAGACUGCAUUGGAGAAACUGUCCUGGUAAAAGAUUGCCCAGCUCCUAUGUACUACUUCAACUGCAGCUCCGCGGGUCCUGGUGCAAUUGGAUCAGAGUGUCAGAAAAGUUGUAAGACGCAGGAUAUGCACUGUUAUGUCACAGAAUGUGUCUCUGGCUGCAUGUGUCCUGAUGGGCUGGUACUGGAUGGCAGUGGAGGAUGUAUUCCCAAAGACCAGUGCCCAUGUGUCCAUGGAGGACACUUUUAUAAACCCGGGGAAACAAUCCAAGUUGACUGCAACACAUGCACGUGUAACAAAAGGCAGUGGAACUGCACGGACAAUCCCUGCAAGGGAACCUGUACUGUGUAUGGCAAUGGGCACUACAUGACCUUUGAUGGAGAGAAGUUUGAUUUCCUGGGAGACUGUGACUAUAUUCUAGCUCAGGACUUCUGCCCCAAUAACAUGGAUGGUGGUACCUUCCGAAUUGUAAUUCAGAACAAUGCCUGUGGGAAGUCACUCUCCAUCUGCUCUCUAAAGAUCACACUGAUUUUUGAGAGCAGUGAAAUCAGGCUCUUGGAAGGAAGAAUUCAGGAGAUAGCCACUGAUCCGGGAGCUGAGAAGAAUUAUAAGGUGGAUCUCAGAGGAGGCUAUAUUGUUAUUGAAACGACUCAAGGGAUGAACUUCAUGUGGGACCAGAAGACUACAGUUGUUGUUCAUGUGGCACCAUCUUUCCAGGGAAAAGUCUGUGGCCUUUGUGGGGACUUUGAUGGCCGGUCAAGGAACGACUUUACAACCAGAGGGCAGUCUGUGGAGAUGAGCAUCCAGGAGUUUGGAAACAGCUGGAAAAUAACAAGCACCUGCUCAAAUGUAAACAUGACAGACCUGUGUGCUGAUCAGCCUUUCAAGUCUGUCCUGGGGCAGAAGCACUGCAGCAUCAUUAAGAGUAAUGUCUUUGAAGCCUGCCACAGUAAGGUGAAUCCAAUACCAUAUUAUGAAUCUUGUAUUUCUGACUUCUGUGGCUGUGACAGUGUGGGAGAUUGUGAGUGCUUUUGUACCUCGGUGGCUGCUUAUUCAAGAAGCUGUAGCAGAGCUGGUGUCUGUAUUGACUGGAGAACACCUGCCAUUUGCCCUGUGUUCUGUGAUUAUUACAAUCCACCUGACAAACACGAGUGGUUCUAUAAACCCUGUGGAGCACCUUGUCUAAAGACCUGCAGGAACCCACAAGGAAAAUGUGGGAACUUGCUGUAUAGUUUAGAAGGCUGCUAUCCAGAGUGUAGUCCUGACAAGCCAUAUUUUGAUGAGGAAAGCAGGGAGUGCGUCUCCCUCCCCAACUGCACUUCAUGCAAUCCUGAAGAGAAACUGUGUACCGAAGACUCUGAAGAUUGCCUCUGUUGCUACAAUGGGAAGACUUAUUCCUUAAAUGACACUAUAUAUGGCCAAACAGAUGAGGUUGGGUGUGGUAAUGCUGUCUGUGGUCCUAAUGGAGAGAUCAUCAAAACAUUCAUCCCUUGCAACACACCAUCUGCACCAGCACAAGAUGCUUCACAACUAGAUGUUAAAAGACAAAACGGUGUGCCACUGGAAGUCACUUCUCCAAAGUCAGAACCACAUAUGCAACCUGUAACAUCUGCACCACCAUCAUCAAUGCUAACCACUCCCUGCUUCUGCACUGACAAUGGACAAUUGCUACAAAUGGGAGAAAAUGUUUCUCUGCCAAUGAAUAUAUCGGGUCAUUGUGCUUACUCCAUUUGCAACGCUUCAUGUCAGAUUGAAUUAAUCUGGGCAGAGUGUAAAGUCGGUCAAACUGAGGCACUCAACAUCUGUGAUCCAGACUCUGAAGACUGUCCACCAACAGCUGCUUCCAGUGCAACAAGCCUAGUUCCUGCUACGACGUUGGCUCCUGUGAGCGAUUGUCUUGGGCUCAUUCCUCCUAGAAAGUUUAACGAAUCAUGGAAUUUUGGAAACUGCCAGAUUGCCACUUGCCUGGGAGAAGGAAAUAAUAUUAAACUGUCCAGUGUGACUUGCCCUCCUCAGCAACUGAAACUCUGUGUGAAUGGUUUCCCAUUCAUGAAACACUAUGAUGAAACUGGCUGCUGUGAAGUCUUUGAGUGUCAGUGUAUUUGCAGCGGAUGGGGAAAUGAGCAUUACGUGACUUUUGAUGGAACAUAUUAUCAUUUUAAAGAAAACUGCACAUACGUCCUUGUGCAGUUAAUUCAUCACAACUUUCACAACUUCUGGAUUCACAUAGACAACUACUACUGUGGUGCCACUAAUGGAGCAAUUUGUUCAAUGUCCCUUCUCAUUUUUUAUUCCAAUUCUGUUGUUAUUUUGACACAAGCAAUGGAACAUGGAAAAGAAACAAACUUGAUUUUAUUUAAUGAUAAGAAAGUUGUUCCGGAUGUUUCCACGAAUGGUAUCAGGAUAACCAGUUCUGGCCUUUACGUCAUAGUUGAAAUACCAGAAUUAGAAGUUUAUGUCUCCUACAGUCGACUUGCGUUUUACAUAAAACUCCCUUUUGGAAAGUUUUAUAACAAUACCAUGGGACUGUGUGGUACGUGCACCAACCAAAAGGCUGAUGAUGCUAUGAGAAGGAAUGGUGAGGUCACUGAGUCCUUCAAAGAGAUGGCAUUAGAUUGGAAAGUCCCAGAUCCUACUAACAGAUACUGUAAUUCAGGUGUCUCAGAACUGGCUGUGAUUGAAAAUCAUCAGCAUUGUGAGCCUUCAGACCUGUGUAAAAUCAUCUGGAACCUGACCGAGUGCCACAGUGUGGUUCCCCCGCAGCCCUACUACGAGGCCUGUGUGGCCAGCGGUUGCUCGGACCAGCACCCCAGCACCGAGUGCCAGAGCAUGCAGACAUAUGCGGCCUUGUGUGGGCUCCACGGGGUCUGUGUGGACUGGAGGAGGCAGGCGAAUGGGCAGUGUGAGGCCAGUUGUGCUCGGGAUCAGGUCUACAAGCCAUGUGGAGAAGCAAAAAGAAACACUUGCUUCAGCAGAGAAGUCAUAAAGGACAUCGCCCCCUCCCAAAAUAACACACAUGUGUUUGUUGAGGGAUGCUACUGCCCUGAUGGAAAAACUCUGCUGAAUGAUCACGAUGGCAUUUGUGUUUCUGUCUGCGGUUGCACUGCACAAGAUGGAUCAGUGAAACAGCCUAGAGAAGCUUGGGAGCAUGACUGUCAAUACUGUGCUUGUGAUGAAGUGACCUUGAAUAUCUCUUGCUUCCCCCGGCCUUGUGCUAAAUCUCCACCUAUCAACUGCACUAAAGAGGGCUUUGUACGCAAAAUAAAACCACGUCUGGAUGAUCCAUGCUGCACAGAAACAGUCUGUGAAUGUGAUAUAAAAACCUGUGUUAUCAACAAAACAGCAUGUGACUUAGGUUUCCAACCUGUGGUAGCUAUAUCUGAGGAUGGUUGUUGUCCUGUCUUCUCCUGUAUACCAAAAGGUGUAUGUGUUUCUGAAGGAGUUGAAUUUAAGCCUGGGGCAGUGGUGCCUAAGAGCUCCUGUGAGGACUGUGUGUGCACAGAUGAGCAGGAUGCUGUGACGCAAACCAACCGCAUCCAGUGUGUUCCAGUGAAAUGCCAAACCACCUGCCAACAGGGCUUCCGCUAUGUAGAACAGGAGGGUCAGUGCUGCAGCCAGUGCCAGCAAGUGGCUUGUGUGGCAAAUUUUCCAUUUGGCAAUGUCACCAUCGAGGUUGGAAAAAGUUAUAAAGCACCGUAUGAUAACUGUACUCAGUACAUGUGCACUGAAUCAGGAGGGCUGUUUUCCUUGACUAGUACAGUAAAGGUCUGCUUACCAUUUGAGGAAUCAAACUGUGUCCCAGGGACAGUUGACGUGACUUCAGAUGGCUGUUGUAAGACAUGUGUUGACCUGCCACAUAAAUGCAAACGCAAUGUGAAAGAGCAGUAUAUUGUUCACAACAACUGUAAGUCUGCUGUUCCGGUCCCAAUGCCCUUCUGCGAAGGGACGUGCAGUACCUAUUCUGUGUAUUCCUUUGAGACCAAUGAAAUGGAACACAAAUGCAUUUGCUGCCAUGAAAAAAGGAGUCACACAGUGAAGGUGGAUCUGGUUUGCUCUGAGCAUAAGACAGUCGAAUUCACAUAUGUGCAUGUAGAUGAAUGUGGAUGUAUGGAAACCAAAUGCCCAAAGAGGAGAACGUGAGACAAAGGAGACAUUUCAGCUCCCAUUUAAUGCUUCCCUAGCAAGUGAGUAGUUUAGAAAGCAGCUGUGACUAACCUUGAAGUGACCAUACUUCUCUCCUGUGCUUUUUUCCUUCUGGUAUUAUAUGCAGUUAUGGAAAUUAGCUGAGGAUUUUGCUCUAAAUGUUUGUAGAAUAAACUGCAUUUCAAAGAGGA